GGGGAGCUGCGGGGUGUGGGGAGCUGGGGUGUGCUGGGGUAUAAUGGGGUGUACUGGGAUGUACUGGGGUGUACUGGGAUGUACUGGUCUACACUGGGAUGAGGUGGGGGACCGUGCUGAGGUGGCCUGGGAGGCACUGGGCUAUGCUGGGAUGUACUGGGCUGUACUGGGGAGCCAUACUGGGAUGUACCAGACUAUACUGGGAUGAGCUGGGGGGCCGUGCUGGACCAUACUGGGAUGUACUGGGAUGAGCUGGGGGGCCAUGCUGAGGUGGGCUGGGAGGUGUUGAGCUAUACUGGGAUGUACCAGGGGGCCGUACUGGGGUGAGCUGGGCUAUACUGGGGUGUACUGGGAUGUACUGGGCUAUACUGGGAAGUACUGAGAUGCACUGGGCUGAGCUGGGGGCACAUGCUGGGCUAUACUGGGAUGUACUGGGCUAUACUGGGGAGCCAUGCUGAGGUGGGCUGGGAGGUACUGGGCUAUACUGGGAUGCGCUGGGAUGUACUGGUCCGUAUUGGGAUGCACUGGGAUGAGCUGGGGGCCCAUGCUGGGCCGCGUGGCAGUGUACUGGUCCGUACUGGGAUGCACUGGGAUGAGCUGGGAGGUACUGGGCUACACUGGAAUGAGCUGAGGGGCCACACUGGGCCACGUGGCAGUGUACUGGUCCGUACUGGGGCGCACUGGGAUGAGCUGGGGGCCCAUGCUGGGCUGCACGGCAGUGUACUGGUCCGUACUGGUCCGUACUGGGAUGCACUGGGGUGAGCUGGGAGGUACUGGGCUAUACUGGUCCGUACUGGUCCGUACCGGGGCGCACCGGGCGGCGCCGCGGCUGCCCGUGUCCCGGCAGAGAGCGAAGCCGCACGGCUCGGGCGGCGGCAGGCCGAAGCAGGACAAGCCCCGCACGCCGGGCCGGGCCGAGCCGCGCCAUGCCAAGAAGGGCUCCGCCAAGAGCCCCGGGCGGGCCGAGCCCGCGGCCGAGCCCCGCGAGCCGCUGGACGUGCGGCCCCUCCUGGACGAGCUCCUGGAGCGCGCCGUGACCCGGAGCGCGCUGGCGGCCGUGGCCCGGCAGCGCGUGCCCUUCGCGGUGGCGCGGGCGCGGGAUGCCAUCCUGUUCGUGGCGGAGUGGUGCUUCGUGGUGAGGGACAGCGAGGACCCGCGCCCCGAGCGGGACACGGACCCCGAGGGGGACACGGACCCCGAGCGGGACGGAGUCUGGAAGGAGGACGAGGAGCCCCCGCCGCAGCUCUGGGACUCGUGCACACCGGGCGUUGCCGCCGUCGUCUCUGUGCCCUCGGAAGAGGUGAGAGGGUCCCCGACCCCCCGAGCCCCGCGGGACCCGCGGUGGCACCCACCCUCUGUCCCCGGGCAGGAGCUGUCCGAGGAGCUCUCCGCCACAGCCGAAGUUCCGCCCGUGGGUCCCGGCGAUGUCCCCGGCGCCGCUGCCGCCCGGGAUGUCGCCGUGUCCCCCCGGCGGGUCCCGCCCGGCGAUGUCCCCGCGGCAGCCGUGGCUGAAGGUCCCCUCGGCCAGGACACCGCCCUGCGUGUCGCUGUGCCCCCGGGCCAGCCCCGCGCCGCCGCCGCCGGGCCCGCACCGCGCCGCCCCGAGCCGAGCACCGCUCCCCAGCCCCCCAGGAGGGGCCGCCGGCCCUCCCGCGCCCCCGAGAGGGGUCCGCGACCCUCCCGGCCCCCGCGGCCCCGGGCGGCGCCGCCGGCCGCGCCCCGGCCCCCGGCCCCGCCACCGGCCCCGCCCGCCGAGCCCGCGGCACCGGCGGCGCAGGAGCCCCGCCAGGGCGACCAGGAGGCGCCGCCGCCAUCCUCCUCGUCGUCCCGCUCCAGCGUGCCGUCCGUCCAGCCGCGCCGGCUCUCCCGCAGCCCCGGCGUGGCCCGGCUCGGUGCCCGGCGCGGUGCCACCCGCUGGGUGCUGCCCGAGGUCAGGGUGGUGGACGCGAGCGGCGAGCCCGAGCGGGGCUGGGCGGGAGCCUCGCGGAGCCGCCUGCCGCUGCCGGGGUCCCUGCAGGUGCUGCCGGGGCCCGGGCGGGUCGCCAAGGGCCAGCCGCGGCUCUGCGACCCCUGGCUGGCCUCGGCCCGCCUGGCCCCCGGUGUCACCGUGCGCUGGGGCGGCAGCGAGCGCCGCGGGCCGGCCCCGGUGGGGCACGGCGGCGACGAGCAGGGCGACGAGGCGCUGGGGACGGCGGAUGAGGAGCUGAAGCCCAUCCUGGCCGACCCGGAGUGCCGGCUCUCGGAGUACAAGGAGGAGGAGCUGGAAAACCUGCUGGGAGCGGGGCUGCUCCUCCCGGGGGCUGGCCCGGCUCCGGAGGGACUCCCGUCGCCCCGGGUCUCGCCGGUGCCGGGGUUGGCACCGGGCGUGGCACCGUGGGACGCUCCCGGAGCUCGGGGCUCUGUGACAGCGCCGCCGAAAAGAGCAGAAGUGAAUAAAAAGUAUUAAAGUGA